CUUCAUUCAUUUGAUCACUUACACCUGUGAGUUGUCAAAGAGCUGAGCUCACUGGUGAGUUCCUUCCUCCCCGCGGAGUCUGUUCACACUCAGUCUCCGUUAAGCAGAUUUCAGCGGAUGGAUUUAAGCCGUUGCUCUCUGAUUCGUGCACUUUCCGAACUUCUUCCUCCUCCGUCAUCGCCGCACCUGACUCAGACUCGCUCCACAGACUGGGUCUGCAGGCGCGUGCUGGACGGGAUGACACGGGUGAAGCGGGAACGGGUCACCGCGAGCGGCGCGGCUGUGCGUUUGGAGCGCGGAGCGCACGGCGCACAGCGCGGACACCGUCGCUGCUGAGCCCGCGGCUCGUAGAUGAGAAGCGCAGCGGGCACGGUCGUUCUCUGCCCGCCAGUCUCCGGAGACCAUGCCGGACAACUUCACUCAUCCGACCGCCGUCGCACCGGCCGCUGUGGCCACUCACUAUAAUUUCUCUGCGCUCGUGUUCGGGAUUCUGCUGAUUGUGGUCGUGAUCGGCGGGAACGUGCUGGUGUGUGUGAGCGUGUACCUGGAGAAGGCUUUAAAAACCACCACCAACUACUUCAUAGUCAGCCUGGCGUUUGCAGACCUGCUGCUGGCGCUACUGGUGCUGCCGCUCUUCGUUUACGCAGAGUUUCAGGGAGGAAUUUGGUCCUUGAACAUGCUGUUAUGUGACGGCCUGAUGACCAUGGACGUGAUGCUGUGCACUGCGUCCAUAUUCAACCUGUGCGCCAUCAGUGUAGACAGGUUUAUUGCCGUCUCCAUUCCUCUCAAUUAUAACCGUAAGCACGUGGACCGUCGCCAGCUCGUCCUGCUGUCGGCGACCUGGCUGCUGGCGCUCGCCGUGGCCUCGCCGGUUAUUUUUGGCAUCAACGCCGUGCCCCACCGCGACCCCAGCGAGUGCAAACUGGAGGACAACAACUACGUCGUCUAUUCCUCGGUCUGCUCUUUCUUCAUCCCCUGCCCCAUCAUGGUCUUGCUGUACUUCGGUGUCUUCCGCGGCCUGCAGCGCUGGGAGGAGACUCGACGAGCCAAGCUACGCAGCAGCAUCGAGGCCUGCCGGAAGCUGCAGCACGCCGCCGUCGCCACAGCUCUCCCCCCGCUGGCGGGCACCAUCCCCGGGCCUCUGCCCAUGCCUCUGCCCAGGAUCAUCGAGAGGGACUUGGCCCAGUCUCGGAUGGACAACGAUGACGACGACGACGACGACUGCGUGAGGCAGGAGAUGCCGUACCCUCGGCAGUACAGAGAGAACUCUGUGCCCACGGUGAUGUUCAGUAAACAGCCACAGAUGAGGAAGAGAGCCAAGAUCAACAGCAGGGAGAGGAAAGCUAUGAGGGUGUUACCUGUCGUCGUAGGCUGCUUCCUGUUCUGCUGGACGCCGUUUUUCGUCGUCCACACGACGCGAGCCAUGUGUUUGAGCUGCAGCAUCCCCGCCGGCCUGGUGAGCACCGUCACCUGGCUGGGCUACGUCAACAGCGCUCUCAACCCCAUCAUCUACACCAUCUUCAACACGGAGUUCAAGAAGUUCUUCAAGAAAUGCUUCCGCCGCUGCUGCUGCUGCUGACGACCACAGGCCUUUUUUUCCCCCCGGGGACAGGAUGGUGGUUUAACCCGGAAAAACUGACGCUUUCAGUUGAAGCGACGGUUCAGGUCGUAUGAGGCACUCACACGUUGGCAGCAGUGAGACAUGCACGACAACAUGGCUGCCAGCAAGGAUUUUAACCACUUAUCACGUGAGAGAUUCUGCAGCUGCUUCUACUGCCACCAUGUUUCCAGUCAGCUGACGUCCGUGUCUCGGGGUGGUUCUCCACGUGCGUAAACCUGAACUCUCCCUUUAGCCUCUUUACCGCUUGCAUCCAAGCUUCCAGGCCAAUCUAUGAGGGAGGCGAAUGAGUGACGGGAGCACAAACCCUGUUCUUUGCUGCCGUUUUACUCAUGACAUCGGUUUAAUUUCCUGGUCUGGAUUUUAUCAUUUGGUGGCAAACAUUUCUGAUUCCUGAGGAUCACUGCCUCCUGGAAAAUGGAUGAUGUUUUCGAGAAAGAGCUGCAAGGACUACACUACAGCCUUGUUUUAUAGACAGUCAUGAGCCCCACCGCUACUGCUACAUAGGCUGAAUUAAAUCUGGAGCUCAGUUGUGAAGUUAAUCUUUGAGAAUAACUUUUAAGGCGAGGCAAAAAUUGUUCAAAUUGUCCAGUACUGGUUGAUGUACAACUUGUACACUUGGCCGUACAUGAUUGAACUAAAAGCUGCAAAUCACAAAUAAUCUACAACUGCAGUAAAACAGUAGAUUUCAUUUUGAUUAUCAGAUACUAUUUGUUUUAAACAUGAAUGACGUUGAAUGCAGUGAAGCAUUACUGUCUUUCACUCCGUGGAAAAAAGCUGUUGUGUUUUUUUUUUUAUGUUCACGUGCAAGUAUGGCUUAAAUUUGAGCAGCGCUGCCCUUUAAAGUGAUGAUAAUUCAUAAUAGUGGUUUUAUGAGGUGAUCGAACAUAGUCAGCUGGGAUGUGUGGAUGUGAGCUCACGUGAAACAUGGCCUACGGUGGGGAACGGAGAUUUUUAGCAACAGUACGGAAGCCUUAAAGGGUCAUACAUACAUACCUGCAUACAUUUUAUUUCCCCCGUUUUCCCGUCAUAACGAGAUAAUUAAAUGGGGAGAAAAUAAAAUGUAUGUAUGUAUGUAUGACCCUUUAGAGCUUCCGUACAAAAGUGAACACUGAACGUGUCCUGAAGUAUUUAAUUAGGUGGCUAAAAGAAAAGGGUUUUCCACUCGCAGCUGUGUUUUAGUGACCUCGCAGCCUCCUGCUACGACAUGUCGCCGUGUGAAGUACCUCAUUUAACCACCUGACCUAUCCUUUAAGUCUUAAGUGGCAGUCACCAGCGUGUGUUCGGUCACUGCAUGUGCCUACCAUGUGCCAUGAUACGUCCACGUUUUAUGUGGAAACAUUUAUAAUAAAUGAAGUCGUCUUCCUUAAA